GGGCUAUAAAACGGAUCGUCCUUAUCGCGCCAUCCGGCGGUAAAGCGUUAGAAAUGGCGACGGUAUUUACGAAGUUGACAAAACUCCAAUUCGAAUAAGUAAAUAAUGGACGAGACGUCCCCCGCCGACUCUCUAGCCGAAUGAAGAAGAGAUCAUCAUGAAAUUAGAAGACUUUCAGAGACUUUACAAGAAAGCGUCAUCCAUGUCAUUUUCUCUCAACAAAAUUGGCACGGCAAAUUUCAGAACCUUUUUAAAACAGCAGGCUCAGAACUUGGAAAGUACCGAAGAAUGCAUCUUUUUUCUGCUUUUGAGUUGUUGCGCAGGAUGCAUGGGAGAGGGUUCCGUGCUGGAACUGACUCCAGACUGGCAAGAAUCUCCAAUAUUUUGGUCCAUUCUGGUCACAGGAUUGGUACAGGACUCGUUGGGCAUAACAGACAGACUCUGCCAGCAGCUGAUCGAAGUCCAGAAUGAGUGCACUAGAUCUGGCGAGAAUUCUGAGGGUCACAAUCAGUUUGUGGUGGAAUUCUUUGACACCGAGGGACUGAUUGACGUCCUGCAUUCCAGAGGAUCCGCCCUGGCACUGUAUUAUAAACUGGAUCUCUUUAAAGAGAUCUUAUCCACGUCCAAAGGAAUUUUGGAUGUCUUGGAAAAACUCUAUCAGGGUUCUUCUCUCAUCAUGAAUUAUGGAAAGUUGAGACGUGUUUUACAAAAACCAUGCAUGAAUAUAUCCUGCAUAUCCGAACCGUUUGGUUUAUAUCAGAUUCUGUGCAAGAGAGACAGCUUUUCCAAAUUUGUUGAAAAUUGUUUUAGUCUCAUCGGCAGAAGCAAGAUCAAACAAAAUAAUAAUUCCUUGCCCAUUCAAUCAUCUCACAGCUUAAAAAAGUUAUUUAAGACAAUUUAUGAAAUCCACAAAGAAACUAAAUUAACUUAUAAGUUAACUGAAGAAGCUCAGACCGUGUUUUCGCAGUAUCAUGAUGAGUUCGUCGAACUCAUGACCAAAUUCAUUGACAAAAGCAAAUACCCGAUAUAUCAAAAUGCUACUAAGCUACUGGCGAGAGUGAGCUUGAUACUUCACGUAAUUGAAAAUGCAUUAAAUACCAUUAGUUGGAAUUUGACCUUAGAUCAUUUGAUAUGGAAUGUCGAAAUUGAUGCCAGCACGUUACACCAGGCCAGAAUAAUUGUAAAUUUUCUCCUUCAGCAGAAGGAUGUUCUUGUACAGUCAACGAUUUUUCAACGCGAAAGUAAUUUUGUGAAAACAUUUUCUGCCAUCAGGCAGGUGAGUAACGUUCCCAAUCACCAGCCUAUUCAAAACAGAACUCCUGUUAAGUCUUCCACUCCGAAUCAUGUACACACUCCUCAGAAUGCAAGUCUGAAUGCUGGAAACGUGAUUCAAAAAACUACUACAAACAGUUCUGGUGCAAAUUUGAAUAAUCACAUCAUACCUGCCUCCCCGAAUCAUUCAAAUGCAAGUGUGUCUGCUUCUGCAUCCACAUCCGCAUCCAACUCCUUGAUCUCAAACAAUUCCACAAACAAUCAGCAAAAACUACCAACCAUCGUAAAUGUUUUUUCAGCUGGUCUGCCAGUUUCUGAUAUGGUCGGUGCAACGAAAGACAACCCUUCUGGAGAUGUGAGUCUUCCUCUGGACAUCACGUUGCCGUCAUCCUUGUCCAUUUCAGUAGUUCCAGAGACGAGUGCAAACAAUUCCGCCAACAUGACAACUUCACAAGACAAAAAUGAAUUAAGUUUAUAUCUGACAAAAAUUCAGGAAAGAUUUUUUAAUAAAUACAAGCAGCACAUUAAUACAAUUUUAACACACAAGGAAGAAACAAUUUCUUCAGAUUACGUGAACCAAAUAAAUCUCCUCCAUUCCAAGAAGGUAGCAAAGAGAUCCAAACCAUCUCUCGACUUCUGCUGCUACAUUCUUCGAAAUGUGGCAGAUCUGGGAUUCGGUCAGUACCUGGUGGUGAACGGAAACCAGUCGGAAGCAGUCUUUAAGAAAAAACCCUUUGCAAAUCUAAAGAAGAAACAACUGUUGCUGUUGCUGAUCUUAGGAAUUGACGAAAAUGAAUAUCAAAAAGCAUUUAAACAGGGUGAAACAUCCAGGAAAGAACUGGAAAAUGUGGUGGUUAUAGAUGACUGAAUUUACGAAAGGAAAGGAUGCUGUCGAAACAUCGCACAAAACUAUACCAGAUCAUUAUACUAAACUUUGUAAUUAGUCAAGUUUUCAUUUAUUUUAAUUCCGACAAGAUCAUAUCCUAUCCAAAAUAUUCAUUAUACGAGCCGAAACAAAACAAAACAAAACCAUGCUUUGGACCAGUUAAAUUAUUUUAUGAUUAUUUCUUUUUAAAGUUCAUUUGUUUUUUGUAAAUGAAUCGUUAAUGCCAAAUGUCAACUAACUCAUUGAUACCAUCAUACGGUGUACAUAGUAUUUACACUCAUCAGUUCACAUUCUUAUUUUGAGGUCAUUCAAAUGCCAAAGACAAGACGGUAUUUAUUCUUUUUUAAAGUGGAAUUUUACUAAAAAUCAACUCAAUUAGAGUGCAAUUUCUCCUGUAAUUUUCUAUAAAAUAACCUCAUAAAUAUCAUAUGUAUUAAAGUCAUUGUUUUUAUAAUAAUAAAGUUAAAGUUUACCGGUUUAAAGUUCAUUUUGUAUUUUUGUCUGGAAUUCUGUCAAUUUUCUUUGAUGUCAUCCAUGUUGCUUUCAUUCUGUUUCUGAUUAAUUUGACAAUUGUUUCCAAAUAUUUUAUGUUUGUGUAAUUAUAGUACUUUGUAAAGCACAGCAUGCUCGUCCUCAUUUCCACAAAGCAAUUCAUCACACAAAAAUGAUCUGUAAAGACCAUUUCUGUGUAAUGAAUUGCAUUGCAUGCAAUUCAUUACACAGAAUUACACGGAAUUGCAUUGCAUGCAAUUCCGUGUAAGAAACUACUUUCAUUUAUUCUGAGACACACACAAAAAUACUGUACAUUUAAAUACAUUCUGUUACACUUAGAUGUCAAUUUAUUAAACAUAUAUAUAAUUGCAAACAACACUACAGGAUAUGUGCACAAUUGAUUUACAUUUGAUCAGUUUCCAUGCACUUUCUCUGCCUGCUGUACAACACUAAGUAGGCAAAGAAUAAUGUUAAUUGAACAAAGUUCUACUCAGAUCUGUAUUUCUGCCAUAUUAAGUCUCUGUUGAUUCCGUGCUGCGGAAGAAACUUGUCUGGAAACAUGAAUACCGUCCAUGUGAGAAUUUGUCUUCCAUUAAAGAAAACAGAUACAUGAUUUAAUACUAUCAUAUUAACUAUCAAUGUAAUAUACCAAAUGCUGGAGUUAUUCAUGUUGUUUCAGUUGACCAAACUGUCAGCUGUUUGAAUCUAUUGAUGCUUCAGGUAAGUAGUGCAUUCUUGUAUUCAAUUCAAAGUUGUAAAAUAAUGUUUUAAACUGGUUGUGAGAUUUGUGGGCCUGAGGUCCUAAGGAUUUGGCAAUGCAACUUUAUUUUUAGUGAUGAUGCAACUUUUCAUUUAUCCAGAAAGGUCAAUAGAUAUAAUAUCUGGAUAAGGGAAUUCCGGAAUCCCCACACUGUCAUUGAGAUGAAAUGUGACAGCUCCAAAGUGAAUGCAUUUUGUGCCGUUUCCAGAAGACACGUACUUGACCAAUUCUUUAUAGAGGACUGUGUCACAGGAAGAAUGUACCCGGACAAGCUGAAAAACUGGUUAACACUAUAAUUUGUGGAUGAGGAGAAAUGGGUUUAUUUACAAGUGAGACAGGAGCCCCACAACAUUGGCACGUAGACAUCCAGGAGUGCCUAAAUGUACACCUGCCAAGUCAAUGAAUUGGUCAUGCAACAGCCACAGACAAUGGCUGCUUGUGGCCACCCCACACCUCAGUGUGUGUAGUUUCUUCCCGUGGAGGUUUCGUCAAAGACAAUGUUUACAUCCCUCCACUUCUGACGAUAAUGUCCGAAUUUCAAAGGUGCAUCGACACCACCUUCAGAAACAUCACCACAAAACACACUUUAGAGGGUUUGGUGAGAACAGGAGUACUACUCAGACAUCUGCCAUGCCACAUAUGGGAUGCAUAUCAAAUGCAUUUAAGGUCAGCACAAACUUGCAAAUAUUCAUUCCUCUUUCAAAUGGUGAUAAUAUCAGGUAUUUCUGUUUGACAAUUUUUUAGAUCAUAUUUUCAUCAAUAUCAAAUACUUAAUGCACACAUUGUAUAUUACUAAUUGGCAUAUCAUUAGCAUAUAUUUUAAUUCCUAGUAUACCAUUAUUUACAAAAUAUGUUAGCAUUGACAGGUUUAAUAAGCCUGUAACUUCGUAAGAAAAAUGCACAUGGCUACCAGGAGUCUAAAAAGUUUACUUGUGGCUCACAUCCAGAAAAGGUAGCUCUUUGCUAUUUUAAACAGAGUCAAAAUCUCUGGAUAUGAUUAUGUGUAUUGCAUUAUAUGGCAUAUGGGAUAUCUUUAUUUGUAACUCAGCAUGGUUUGUACCAGAAAUUUCUGACCUCCAGGAAAAUAUCUCUCAAGUUUUUGUCAUCAGUCAUUUUGAUGUUUUUACUCUGGAGAAACUGGGACUUUAAAAAAUCAAUUUAUGAUUACAGAUGUCAAAAGAAUAAAUUGAUUUUCAUACAAAGUAUCUCCAUAAUCGUGAUUCAA